AUUAGUUUAUGUUUAAAAAUGUCUUCGAAAUGUGAAUGUUUGAAAGGAAGUUCUGGGAGGAAGUUUGUUUUGCAGGUACAAACAGAGGUUUGAUUUUUAUGGUGCUACCCUGGAGAAAUUACAGAUUUGCAAAUUAUUGUAGAAAAGGGCCAGAGAGGUUUACUGAAUCAUGCAGACCACAGUGGAGUGGUUGUGACGCGAGGAUGUGUGCGAUUCACUGUCAGUGGCCUCUACCAGAAAACUGCCUCUUGAUUCUAGGAAGACUUUGGGCUAUAAGAUUUGACAAGGCAAUGUUCCUGCGUCACGCAGGCUUCCACAGCAGCGUGUUGUACUGCAAGUGUGUGCGCUUGAAAACUGACAGGAUGCUCUACUUCCUUGGUGGUCUGAAAAUGUCAAGAAAAAAAUGUGUAUCUGCACAUCUGAACAUUGCACAGAACUUAGUGUCUUUAAUCUCUGAAAAAAAAAAAGUAGUCUGCAUUACCGCAGGAGAGAAUUACAAACAUUCAGUCCUUCGUUAUUAUGAGGGAAAAUAAAGAUAGCUAGACAUCGAGAGCAUCUAUUUGGAUAGUUUUACCCUGAUUUUAACUGUUUCAACUGUAAAAGUCUAUUAUGACUCAACUUUGUUAAGGAUUAUGUCAGCCUGCUUUAUUUACUGCCACAUCCCUUGUUUAACCGUAACUGCUCUUAAUUACCCCAGUUUUCUUUUGAUAUUAGCAGUAUCUGCUGUAUCAAGGCAAGGUGUGCACCGAUUACAGUGGAGUUAUUUUUACUGUUAUGCCUGUAAUACUUAAAAGUUCAUCAAAAACAGCUGACAAAUGAUGACUGAAAGCAAAGUUCUUCGUGAAAAUUAAGCAUUUUAAAGAGAGGAUUAUGGAUAAAGUAUUUUCCCAUAAAUAGCAGGACUGAUCACGUCAAGCCACCAGCAACCAUGAUCUCUCUUUCUGCACAACAUACUUGAAAGCACAAUAGGAAGCUUGUUCACACUUAAUACUCAAUUAGCGUGAACAAGCUAUUGAAAAACUACACAAAAUGUCCAUGUUUCUACAUGACUGCAUUUUCUUUCAUAACAGACUUCCUGCUUGCUCUACCACACGAGUGAAUCGGGUGCAGUUUUAAACACACAGAUUUACAUUCUUCACGUACAGGAGCAAGUAAAGUCAUUUGUAUUUGUAGAAUCGAGACUACAGUAUAUGGCAUUGGUAAUUUGGCACAUAGAAACUAUCUGAGACAUUUUUUAUGAGGGCCCCUUUAAACAGCCUUACUUUGUUUUUCCUGCUGUUCUUUGGGACAGCAAUGAAUGUUAUUCAGCUUCAGCUCCAACUGCAGAUUAAUUUCCAAAGAUUAAUGUAAAGUUAUUGCCUGCGCUCCCACAGUUCAGUUUUGUUAGGAAAUAUCUCUAAUAUUUACCUUUGUGAUUCUAUAUAAUACUGUGAUAGUGGUCUAUAUAAGUUAUUUAGGAAAAAAAUCUGAAAUAGCUUCAUAACUGAGCACUGCAGGCAGGAAAUCAGAAUUACAAAGGAAACCAAACCAGGUUCAAAAAUUGUUUUUGUUUCCUGAGAAAAUACUUGCAGCUUUUAUGGUUUUGUGCAGAAACUCACACAGACUCGAGUUUUAAUGUGCACCCAAACAAGCUAAUUUGUUCGGUGCUAUAAUGGUUUUCAUUGCACAUUAGCUCAGUGGUGUAUGACUGUAAUCAGAGAUUUUCUUGUCCUCACCUACACCACAGACAGACAACAAAGUUAAUGGAGUGGGGGGUAUGAGGCGUUUGAAAACGCUAUUCAACAGUAUGUAAUUUACUGUAAGUACAAGCUCAGGAAUCAAUAUGCAGGACAACUAUUUAUAUUCACUGUACUAUAAAUAAAAUGAGCGCUAAGAAAGGUAUUGCACAGCAGAUCUGUGCAAGUCAGUGCUGUAGUGAUGGAAGUUCCAUUUUGACCAAUAUCUGUCUCAUCUUGGAGGGUCACAUGUUGCCGUAUCCUGACAUGAAUAACACUGUGUGGGUUGUUUGUUGUUUUGGAAACAUUUAAGCAUUUAUGACAAAUAGUAAAUGUUCGCACAUACAGCCUAAUUUUGUUUUGGUUUUUUUUCUGGGGGCCUCCAAAAGAACCCUGGAGAUCCCAGAGCCGAGUCACUCUGCUUGCUGCUGGAAGUUCUUGACAGCAGAUGGAGCCACAGAGAGGGAGCUAUUAUUUUAUGUGACACAAAAUCCCCAUCUUAUUUGUAAGAAAAAGUAAGAAAAAAAAGAAAAAAAGAAAAGAAAAAGAAAUAAAGUUAAGAACGCCAUACAAGUUACGAGCAGUCAAACGCGGAGCGUGCACUUAAAGGGAGUGAGUCGGUGCGGGAAAACAAUAGUCAAGAAGGUCCUAUGUGAAGUCAAGGCUAUUUUUGGUGGGGCCCGCCUCGCCUGCUAUUUCUGUCAGCAGGAGAGCGAAGGGGAGGGAGCAGGGCUUCGAGGGGGCCGGACUUACUUCUCUGUAACUUGCCUCCGAUAAGUUCCUGUUUCGGCUCCUCAGUCAGUACAGGCUUCACUGACAAUACCAGCGGACCUCUCCAUCUCGCUUCCAUCACGUUCCGUCAGCUUUUUGGCUCUUUUUACUUGUUCAACGUUUCAAAAACAGACUCCGAUACAAGUUGGAUUAUUUUCAAGUGUGACUGGACUCUUUGAAGGGGCGGUUAGGUGUAAACGGGCCCCAGUUUACAAGAUGGAAUCGGCACCUCUGGGAACAUCGUAAAGACUGACAGACAGGACAGCGUACUUCCCACAGUGGCAGAUUCCUCAGUGGCAGUGGCAGUGUCGCGCACAUCCUUGCUGUUUCCCAUGGAUCUCAGGGUGGGAGAGCGGGGGAUGCGCCCUGGUUCGGACACGGUGCUCCUCACCCCGCUGCACCCGCCUUUACACCUUUCACCAUUCUCCCCACAACCUCGCAGCUCCUUCUCCCAACAACAGCUUCACCAGCAAAUCCGGUUUAAUAUGGAACAAAGGAGGCGAGAGCACGAACAUCACGAGAAACAACAAGAGUUGCAGCAGCUAAAGCACAAAGACAAGAGUCAACAGAGCGCGGUGGCAAGUUCCUUAGUGAAACAGAAACUCCAGGAGGUGAUUCUUAAGAAGCAGAAAAAGGCUGAGCUGGAAAGAACAAACGCUAACUCUCUGACUGCACCUCCUGUCCAAUACAGAAAGCUGGGCCCUGACCCUAGCAUACCCACUCUUGUUUCCUCUUCAACGCAGCCCCCUCCUGAGGGUCCAGAGGGCACGCCGCUGCGCAGAGCAGCGUCGGAGCCUAAUCUGAAGGUGAAAAACAAGCUGAAGAAACACCUGAAUACCCGCAAGAGUCCGCUCACCCGCAAAGACAGUGCCCCACCCACUGUCAAGCACAGAGUUCCUGAUACACUGGACUCGUCCCCGAGCAGCAGCAGCACUCCAGUCUCUGGCUGUAGCUCUCCUAACGACAGUCUGCCUAAUGAGAAUGGACUGCUGCCAUCUGCAGGCGGCCUCUCACAUGAGGCCCAGAAACUGCUGCUCAGAGAUGGUACUCUAGCUAACUUCACCAUCCAGAGUCCCUCCACCCUGCCCACCAUCACACUGGGACUACCAGCUAACUCUAGGACUGAAGGAGAGCUGUCCUCGCUGAAGGUCAGCCGAGUACCGGUGGUCACUGCCGGCGGCUCUUCAGUGUUCCUCCCCCUCAGCAGAGAAGAUCAGGCAGGGCAGAUGAACCCACACCUACCUGUCAUCAUCCUGGAGCCAUCUGGACUGGUCCGCACUCCGCUACUCACCGUUCAAGGCCUAGACUCCGUUCCGCUUCAGUUUGCGCAGCCGUUGGACCACCUGUCUGCUGGAGGUGCUCAAUCACACAAGCCCCUGAGCAGAGCACGCUCAGAACCCCUUCCUCAGAGUCCCCACGCGCUUCACACACAUCUCCUACAACAACAGCACAACACACAACUACUGGAGAGGCUCAAACAGCAGACACACCUGGGCAAGCUGAUGUCCAAGUCCAGUGAGAAGCCCAGAUUGCAUCAGAUACCUUCUGAGGAUAUGGACUCAGAGGACGGUGGCGGGACGUCACCCACGGAGCCAGCCUAUCACAGCAGAGGGCGGUCAGAGUCGCUGAGGGAAGUGGAGCCAUCAGCAUCCAAGACACAAGAGGAGCAGAUGAACCUGCAGCAUGCCCUCAUACUUAAUCAGUCGUUGCUAUGGGAACAGCAGAAGCAGCUGCAGCAGCUCCACCGACAAAUGGAGACCCUGGCAGUACCUGUGUUGCGUGGAGGCGGCGGGGCUGUUGGUGGCUUGGGCGUCCAUCGCCCCGUGUUCCGUACGCAGUCUUCCCCAGCCUCCACCUCUCUCACUCUGCCAGAGAAAACCCUCAGUCUGCCUGCACAAGACACCAGCAGCAAGCCACGCUUCACCACUGGCCUCGUCUAUGACUCUCAAAUGCUGAAACACCAGUGUACCUGUGGAGAUAACAGCAGUCACCCAGAGCAUGCUGGGAGGAUACAGAGCAUCUGGUCCCGACUACAGGAGAGAGGCCUGAAGGGACAGUGCGAGAGUAUCCGCGGCCGUAAAGCCACUCUGGAGGAGCUGCAGUCCGUCCACACGGAGCGUCACGUGUUGCUAUAUGGCACCAACCCGCUCAACAGGCUCAAACUGGAUAACCGCAAACUGGCUGGGAUCCUGUCUCAAAGGAUGUUUGUGAUGUUACCAUGUGGCGGUGUAGGGGUUGAUAAUGACACCAUUUGGAAUGAGUCGCACACCUCCACGGCGUCACGUCUGGCAGCAGGAAGUGUCGUGGAGCUGGCGUUCAGAGUGGCCAAAGGAGAACUAAAGAAUGGCUUUGCUGUUGUCAGACCACCAGGGCAUCAUGCAGACCCCUCCAAUCCCAUGGGUUUCUGUUACUUCAAUUCUGUAGCUAUAGCUGCUAAACAGCUCCAACACAAGCUCAGCGUCAGCAAGAUCCUCAUUGUCGACUGGGACGUUCACCAUGGUAAUGGCACGGAGGAAGUGUUUUACAACGACCCCAGUGUUCUCUACAUCUCACUUCAUCGUUAUGACGACGGAAACUUCUUCCCCGGCAGUGGGUCUCCCGCUGAGGUUGGAUCUGGAGCUGGUGAGGGCUUUAAUGUGAAUGUGGCGUGGACAGGAGGACUGGACCCACCCAUGGGAGAUGCUGAAUACCUCGCUGCAUUCAGGUCUGUGGUGAUGCCGAUCGCUCAGGAGUUCUCUCCGGAUGUAGUUCUGGUGUCAGCCGGGUUUGACGCCGCCGAGGGAAACCCCGCUCCUCUAGGAGGCUACAAGGUCUCGGCCAAAUGUUUUGGUUUCCUGACCCGUCAGCUGAUGUCUCUAGCAGGAGGCCGUCUGGUUUUGGCCCUUGAGGGAGGUCACGACCUCACAGCAAUCUGUGACGCAUCUGAAGCCUGUGUCAGUUCACUCUUGGGCAUACAGGAACCGCUGCCGGAAGACGUCCUCCUCCAGAAGCCCAACGCUAACGCAGUCCGCUCCCUACAAACUGUCAUACAGAUACAAAGUCAGUACUGGCAGAGUGUGAAGGCCUACAGUGGAUCAGUGGGUCUGUCAUACAUGGCUGCUCAGAGCAGAGACUGUGAGGAAACGGAUGCUGUCAAGGCUUUGGCCUCGCUCUCUGUUGGAGUUCUUUCAAGCAAGAGCCUCCCUGAUGAGCCAAUGGAACAUGACAGCGACUCCAUGUAGGAAAACCCAACCAAUCACCUCGCAGAACGUUCAGAAGCCUCAGAUCUCCCGUGUUGUCAUAUGAACAUGAAGGGGACACAUUUUCAAAGCCACUGAGCCCCGACCUUCUUCACACAUACGCAGGCCAACUGAGACACAAUGCUGAACCUCUACAGACCCGCCGUUUUGAGCACCUCAACCACUCAGCUGAAGCCAGCAGCACUACCUGCAGCUGAGUAACCUUCUGAAACCUCACCAAAGAGCAAUACAAGUUGAUUUCAAUAGUCUUCUCAUGUCUUCUUACUGACAUUGAACCUUGUGUGUGUGCGUAUUGUCAGGGCCACAGCCCUGUUACCACAAACCUUUGAGGAUCAGACCAAAAAUCAGAAGUGGACUUGAGCUCUGAUUCCUCUUUGAGCACCAGCAGCUGUUUUUGUUGCCUUACCUUUGCCUUAAUACCAACAUCAGAGGGAAACUUCAGAUCAUCAUCAUCAUUCUUUCUGCCACAUUGCUUCUCAUAUCAGACUCGAACUGAGUGGGAUGAAAAACAAUGCAGAACAAAACUACUGUAUACCAUCAGGUAAAAGCAUAUAUGCUUGAUGGACACGAUGCAAACGUAGCACCAUGAAGAAGUGGCCCCAUCAUUAAGAAACAAGAUUUUAAAAAAGAGAGACCUAGUUGCUGCGUCUGCUAUAAUGAUGUCAUUACCUACAAUUUAACCACUAGAAAAAGACGACAAAGCAAAGAAGAGGAAACAAAGACACAAAACAAAGAAAGAACGGGCAGUUCUUCAUUGUUUUAUUGCACUGUUCAUUCCAUAAUGUGAACCAUGAGAAAUUCCAAAGCUCUGGGAAAGAAAAAAACAAACUUCUCCUCUCUGUAGAUAAUUUAAAGGUUUUUUGAAGAUUUGGAUGAAAUGUUGUUUGCUAUCUUUUUCCCACUCUUCAUCUGAGAUGUCUUAAAUGGUCUCUGACUGACUGUGGACACGUCUGGGCUGAAAUACUGUAGAGUUUAAUUCAUCUGAAAGUAGGCAAUAUUUUCAAAGCAGAAUUAUUAUUUACUGCUGUUCAGUGUCUUACAUUCAUGUGCAUUUAAAAGCCUACACACACACACACACACACACACACA